CACACGUACUAUGUCAAAAAAGAAUGCCGGAGUAUUACCAUCUGCAACAAGAGUAGUAAAGAAGGCAAUGGGGGGAAGCUAUGUAGGUUUGUCUAGCAAUCGCAAGACGGCGUCGGCCAUAUCACUGGCACCCGUUCCCAUUGCCCUUCCGUCUUUAUACAGCGAGCAUGCUGGGCGUGGUUCGUCCAUGGCGUCUCACUCCGCUCAGAAGCUUACGAAGGGCUCUACGCAGCUAGCUGCGCUGGAUGCGAACUGGAGCCACGACGGCGCACAAAACGACACACAGAAUACGACGAGUUUGCAUUCGUGCGCGACUGCAUGGGCGCGGUGUUCUGUGCCGGAUGUGUUGAAAGAUAAGCAGUCGGACCAGGCUAAGGGUGGCGGCGCUGCCCAACCUGUUUAUUCGAUUAACCGAAAUAGGGCGUUGUAUAAUAUAGAUGAGGAAUUUCCUGCAUUGGGGGCGAUAGAAACUCAGGAGAAGUCGUCUUCUAGGUUCGGCGGUGGUGCAUUUGCCAGUCAGAAGGGUUCGGAAGAUGCGCAGUCAGGUGGUUCUGGCAGGGUGGAUCAUUAUCAUCACCAGUACGAUUCCUAUUCUUCUAGAAAAGAGAACAGCUAUUUUCCUUUUGGCCGUAACCGAUAUCAUUCUUCCAGUCGCAUGGACGACCAGCCGAGGCUUGGUUGGGGCAUGGGCAAUCGGUGGUUCGGGAACGGGGGAUAUAGCGGCAGUAGGUAUGGAGGCGGCGGACCUGACAGAGGAUGCGACGGGGGUAGUUUUGACCGAGACACCGGCAGAGGUUUUGAGCGAGGUGGCGAAGCGUUACCAAGAGGGAAUCCGAAUCGGAACAGUUAUCGAAACGUGUUUCGAAACAUUUUGCCCGAGAACGGGUCUAAGGAGACGGGUGCUGCGUCUACAGCGACUCCGGUCGCGUCAGAGUUGAAGACGGUUGCUUCUGGUUCGUCUGCGACGCCGAAUCAUCCGGUGCCGACGCCGUCUAUCAUCAUCUCGCAUUCGUCUCAGAUAGACAUGCCGAUCGAACAGCGAACCGACGUCAUCAAGAAGACUAUUAAGGGUGAUUGGGCGUCCAUUGAAGAGGAAGACGAGGUGGAUACAAGGCGUGCUGAUUUGGCUGCGCCGAACAGGGGCGCGGUUUCUGAGGUGGGGGGUUCGAGCGCGAAGCCCCCGGAGGAGAGAGGCGGGCCAUCGAAGGCGGUGGAGUGCAGAGACGGCGAGCCUCGAGCGAAGGCGGUGGAGUGCAGAGACGGCGAGCCCCGGGCGAAGGCGGUGGAGUGCAGGGACAGCGAGCCCCGGGCAAAGGCGGUGGAGUGCAGAGACGGCGAGCCCCGGGCGAAGGCGGCGGAGUGCAGGGACAGCGAGCCCCGGGCAAAGGCGGUGGACGAGGUCGGUGGUCGUCGUCCUGAGAAGGCGAAUCGUUUUGGGGGCGCGGAUAGCGGGUCGUGGAGGGGCCCGCCGGCGGAGAGGGCGAAGGCGAGCUUCGACCGCGCGCCGGACCCCAUAGAGCAGCAGGCGGAGGAGAUGCACCUCAAGGCUCAGCAGAGGGCGCGUGAGAAGGCGGAGGAAGAAGCGCAAAGGCAGAGCAAGUUAAUGGAGAUUCGAGAGGCUAAUUUAGCCAGGUUGGACAACCUGGAGUCUGCGAUGUUGGACAAGAAGUCUCAGCAGAAGCUUGAGGAGGAGAAGGCGAAGGCCAUGAAGUUGGCCGCGAUGCUGCAGAAGGAGCUGUUCGAGGAUAGUUUGUUGAAGAAGAAGAAGUUUGAGGGCGAAUUUGGCGUGCGGCCGGCGAAUUUUGCGCCUUACUUGGUUCCGGGGACCGUGAGGAUUGUCAAGCGUCGCGCGGAGUCAGUUGUGCCCAACGGGUCUGCUGGGAGCGGCGGCGCUUCUGGGGCGGAGGUUGAGAGGCCGUUGAGGUCGAGGUUGAAUCGGGCGAGGAUGGACGGCCACGAGAAGUGUCAAGGAAAGGACGCGGUUUCGAGCGAGCUUAAGUCUGGAGCGGACGGUCGCGACGGGGUCUCGUCGGCGGAAGAAGGGAAGAGGGAGAAGACGGAGACGAACGGAAAGGUGCCCGUUGCUAGAGUUUCUCCUGAGCAAAAGCCUGUUACGGAGUCCGCAGCGCCCGGGGGAGAAGAAAAGUGUGCGGUGUCGAAAGACGAGUCGACGAACGCUGUUGUGAAAGAGGGGGAGAAGGAGUUGUUGGGUGAGGCGGCUGUUUCGGAAUCGGCCGGUCGCGGAGACGAUUCGCGCAAAAACGAGGCGCUGCCACGCGGAGAUGUCGGGAAAGCGACAGACGACGAGAAGUCGCAGGCGUCCAAGUCGACGGGUCCCGCGAGUGAGGACAAGGCGAAUUUGCCGAAGAAAGAGGCGGAAUCGGCCGGUUCUGCGAGUCACGCCAUUCCAUCUGCGUGGCGAGUGAUUCAGUCUCCUAGCACGGGAAGCCAGAGUUUGGCCGAGAUUAUGGAUAGUGAGAAGCGUCGAAUGGAGGAAGAAAUGAAUGAGAAAGCGUCUUUGGCCGCGAGUUCUCUCGAAUCUCAGUCUUUGAAUGGGGAGAAGCAGUCGGUUUUUCCUACUGGGCGCGGGAAGUCCGAGAGGUCGUCGGGUGCAUACAAGCACGCAGACCACUACGGAGCGGGUAAGGGCGUCAGGGGUGUAGAGGACCGGUCUGGUUUUGCGCGCGAGGGCGAUAGGACCAAGUUUCCGCCUAGGCCGUCUCGCGCGUCUUUUUAUCAGUCUCGAGGGGGUGGCGAGUCGAGUGCGUCGACGCGCGAUCGAGAGGAGGCGCAGGAUUCCGCGAACAAGGCAGCGGACGGGAGCGGCGCGACUCCCAAGCCUCAGCCGAGCGCCCGUUUGGACCGGGAUGCGUUUGCUGCGAAGCCUCCGUCUUCCCUGCAUCAGGGGAAGCAGCGGGGUUCGCUCAAGAAAGCGGCGGUCGGUCGAGCGGGUCAGUCAGGUGAGUUUGAGAGGGCGUCGAAGAGAGACGGUUCGUCUCAGAAGAAGGAGGUCCCGCCUACUACUCAACAGCAGCAGCGCAACGAAGAGGUGUCAAAGCAACAACGACAUACGCUUGGCGACAAGAAGGCGGCACCUCUUUGCGCCAAGGAGGCGGCAGUCGAUGGAGCGUGUCAUUCUUCUGAUGCUAGGUCGUUGAGCGAGACGUCGACCGUUGUUGCGGUUGAAUCGGACGGUUCUAGAUCGUCGAGCAGCCUGAAAUCGUCCGACGCACAGUGCGAGAAGUCGCGUACUUUUUCGAAGUCGUCCGAUCAAUGUGAAUCCAAGAACUACUCUUUUUCGAACUUUGCGUCGGACCAGCGCGCGUCCAGAGCGGACUUGUCGACCAACUGGAGGAUGGACAAGGUUCAGUGGCCGCUUGAUUUUGCGCGCAGCGCCGGCUCCGGGUCUCGAACCAGGUUCAGGGAGAGGUUUUCGGGGGCCAAGUCGAAAGAAGACGAAAGCUCGUCCAAGCACCCUUCCACCUCUUCUCGACCGGCUUCGGAAAAGAGCACCGCAGUCGGAGAAUCGUCGUCCGCGGUGGAGGGGAGGAAGGUCGGAGCGGCCUCCUCUUCUAAGGCGAGCGAUCGAUACCAGGCGUCCAGACAACAGAAUCAGUCCGAUCGCAGUGAAGAGCAGCGGCCUUCUGACGACCAUCAGUCGCCCCCGUCUCGGACUCCGGCCCGCUCGACCUCUUCGAAGGGACAAGACGAAAAGAAAAAACAGUCCCCUCUGACCACCAACGAGAAGACUGAAGAUCGGCAGCAGAAGCAAGUACACCACGAGCUGAAAUCAGGGGGCAAAGUCGGGGACAAAGCCCCGGUUGCUCCUCAUGACGGCGACACCGCCUCGACCGGCGGUAAGGCCUCCAACGAAGAUUCGUGUAAGGCGACGCUUCAGCCUUCGAACGAGGGCGCUGGAAAGUUCUCUCGCUCUUCUGAGUUCCAAUCGUCUUCUGGUGGGGGAGAACUUGCAUCCGCUACUCCCAAGGACCCUGCUUGCGACGAAAAGCCCGCUCUGGACGUCCACGGCAAGGAAAAGUCCUCUGAAUCUCAGAAUCAUGUCCUCGAAAAAGGACCCGGGAAGAGUAGUCCGAAGCAAGGCGCCGCCAAGUCACUCCCGACAGCAACUGGUCACGAUGCCCGUCGGUCCUCCAGACCUAAAUCCUCGUCUUCACGUUCACGCAAGCGGUUUUACAAAGUCAAGGCACUUUCUGCCAACUCGACCGCAGAAAAGGCCAAUACGCCCAAGGAUUCCCUUUCUUCGAACGCGUCCAACAACAAACACGCGGACUCCGCCUCUUCCAGCGAGUGCGCUGUAAAAAAAGAUGGUACGACACCACCUCCUUCUUGUGCCCCGCCGACCGAUAACCACGUCCACCACCCUCCGUCUUCUCAAGCGUCCACAAAACCUUCUGGGACUCCACCUCCGACUGGCUCGGUCCCCCCUUCCGGCUCCGACCAACACGAGGCCGCCAAACCCUGCACCGCGCCGGCCUCUGACUCGCAUCGCUCGACGAGCAGCGCCUCCAAAACUACUUCUCAACCGAAACCCUCAAGGUCCGACCGAACCAACGUCGCCCACACCAACCCAAGCUCCCAUGGACCCUUCAACCGGUCGCGCCACCGACCGUUCUUCCACUUCGAUAAGCCCAAAAAACCCUCCGCCUCGUCUACGAAAGACAAAGUCUACAAGCCAGUAGAAACUUUUUUUUUGUCAAUCGCUAACAAAGUCUCAGACGCCUGAUGGUCUAUCACACACUGAGCGAUACAUAACAUUUGUACACUAAACCGCCACCCUCUAUCUACCUUUUUCCCUACUGAUCACACGUCCUCUGUGAAAGGAAUUUCAUCGACUUAUUAAAAAAGUGUACAGAAUUUGUAAAUUUGCGAGAUAAAAAAAAACAUUUUUUUC